GAUGCAGUCAAGGAUGUAUACAUCGUGUACAUGGGUUCACUGGCAGAGGGUGGAGGAUACUCACCAACGUCUCACCAUCUCAACAUUCUUGAAGAAGUUCUUGGGGAAAGUACUGCUAGUAACUCUAUGGUUAGAAGCUAUAGUAGGAGUUUCAAUGGAUUUGCAGCUAGGCUUAGUGAUGAAGAGCAACAAAGAAUAGCUGGCAAGAAGGAGGUGCUAUCUGUGUUUCCAAGUAGAAAACUCCAUCUUCAAACAACAAGAUCAUGGGACUUCGUGGGUUUAACUGAAACUGCAAAAAGAAAUCCCAUCGUUGAGAGUAAUAUAAUAAUUGGCUCUAUUGAUAGCGGAAUCUGGCCCGAGUCGGAGAGCUUUAGCGACAAAAGUUAUGGUCCACCUCCUAAGAAAUGGAAGGUUACUUGUGCAGGUGGCACUAAUUUUACUUGCAACAAUAAGCUUAUUGGAGCUCGAGCUUAUGGAAGUACUUCUGCAAGGGAUGAGGAAGGUCAUGGUACCCAUACUGCCUCAACAGCAGCAGGUAACAAAGUACCAGAUGUGAAUUUUUAUGGAUUGGCAAAGGGCAUUGCACGAGGAGGGGUUCCAUCUGCAAGGAUUGCAGCAUACAAAGUAUGUAGUGAAGAAGGGUGUUAUGACCAAGACAUCCUCGCAGCCUUUGAUGAUGCUAUUGCAGAUGGGGUUGAUCUCAUUACCAUUUCAAUCGGUGGAGAUCCAAGAGCUUUUGAUUCUGAUUCUAUUGCUAUUGGUUCUUUUCAUGCAAUGGAGAAAGGUAUACUCACCCUUCAGUCAGCUGGAAACAGUGGUCCUGCUGCAACAACAGUAUCGAGUGUUACACCAUGGUUAUUCUCCAUAGCAGCCAGCAGCAUAGAUCGGAAAUUUAUUAGUAAGGUUUCUCUUGCUAAUGGAAAGACACUCGUUGGAAAUGCAGUAAAUUCUUUCACAUUGAAUGGAACUAAAUUCCCUCUGGUAUAUGGGAAAGAUGCUUCAAGUAGUUGUUCGGAAGAAGAGGCUCGGUUUUGCCUUGAAAAUUGUUUGGAUAGCGAUUUGGUGAAAGGAAAAAUUGUUGUGUGUAAUGAGGCAACUGGAAGGAAAGAAGCUUUUAGAGCAAGCGCUCUUGGGGUAAUCACAUUAAUUGGAGAAGAAAGAGCCGAUGUUUCUUUUGUAGUUCCUUUACCUUCAUCUGCUUUAGCAGCCAAAAAUUAUGACCUGGUUAAGUCUUUCAUAAAUUCAACAAAAAAUCCACAAGGAAGUAUACUAAAAAGUGAAGUUAUUGAACAUACAACCGCUCCUAUAGUUGCUUCCUUCUCUUCACGUGGACCAAACUACAUUACAGCGGAUAUUUUGAAGCCAGAUAUAACUGCUCCAGGAAUAGAUAUUAUAGCUGCAUAUUCCCCUCAUGCUUCACCUUCUGGAGCCCCUGGGGAUAAGAGGUCUUUGAAACACAAUGUAAUGUCUGGGACCUCCAUGUCUUGUCCACAUGCAGCUGGUGCAGCUGCUUAUCUCAAAACAUUUCACCCUGAUUGGUCUCCGUCGGCCAUUAAAUCUGCUCUCAUGACCACUGCUUGGCCAAUGAAUGCCACAAAUGUAUAUGAAGAAGGUGAAUUCGCUUUUGGGGCUGGCCAUAUCAAUCCUGUGAAAGCAAUAGAGCCUGGUUUGGUUUAUGAAACCUUGAAAGAAGACUACAUAAAAAUGCUUUGUAGCAUUAAAAUUAGUUUUUUUGGUACUUGUCCCAAGGGUGUUAAAGGAUCUCCCAAGGAUCUCAAUUACCCAUCAAUGCAAGCUCUUGUUGAAUCUGACAACAGUUUCACUGUUGAAUUUCCCAGAACUGUAACUAAUGUUGGCCGUGCUGGCUCAACAUACAAGGCAAAAGUCAAUAGAGACUCUCAUAUCAAUGUAAGUGUGAAACCUAGCACCCUCUCCUUCAAGUCAUCAGGCGAGAAGAAGUCUUUUGUUGUGACUGUGUCUGGGAAAGGAUUGCCAAUAAAAACAAGGGUAUCUGCAUCAAUCGUGUGGUCAGAUGGCAUCCAUAAUGUAAGAAGUCCAAUUGUUGUGUACACAUGAAGCCUAGAAAAUUUUGUCAUUGUAAGUUCAUUUCAUGAAGUAACAUAGACAUGUAUUGGAGGGUAGCAAAAUAAUUAGUUAUUGUUGUGAACAU